GCAAAUUGCCGAGCUCACGCUUUUCUUCAAACUUGCUUGUCGUCGCACACAACUGCUCGUCGGUCUUUUCGACGAUGCCUAUCCUCUCUUCCUCAACGCGCGAUGCGAUGCGCUCGCUGCAGCGGCUGGCCGCGGGGAUGGCCACCGCUGUUCCGAGAAUUGGUGACACCAAAGUACCAAUGUCUCUCCUGGAGAAGGGUGCAUACAUAAACUACCAGCGUAUUGAGGAUAACCUCGCCGUCGUCCGUGACAGGCUUCAGCGCCCUCUUACAUUGUCGGAAAAGAUAGUGUACGGACACUUGGACGAUCCUCACAACCAGGACAUUGUCCGAGGCACAAGCUACCUUAAGCUCCGUCCUGACCGGGUAGCUUGUCAGGACGCUACCGCCCAGAUGGCUUUGUUGCAAUUCAUGUCUGCAGGCAUGGACACAGCAGCUGUUCCAACUACAGUUCAUUGUGACCACUUGAUUGAAGCUCAAGUUGGUGGUGCUAAGGAUUUGGCGCGUGCCGUUGAUCUCAACAAAGAGGUGUACGAUUUCUUGGCUACCGCCACCGCAAAAUAUGGUCUUGGAUUUUGGAAGCCGGGUUCUGGUAUUAUUCACCAAAUUAUCUUGGAAAACUAUGCAUUCCCUGGUGGACUCAUGAUCGGGACUGACUCUCACACACCUAAUGCGGGAGGUUUGGGUAUGGUUGCCUGUGGUGUUGGGGGUGCCGAUGCUGUUGAUGUCAUGGCGGAUAUUCCUUGGGAAUUGAAGUGCCCUAAUGUCAUCGGUGUGAACCUUACUGGCAAGAUUGGAGGCUGGACUACGCCCAAGGACGUCAUCCUGAAGGUCGCUGGCAUUCUCACUGUCAAGGGUGGAACUGGUGCCAUCGUUGAAUACCACGGUCCUGGUGUCGAAUCAUUGUCUUGCACGGGUAUGGCCACUAUCUGUAACAUGGGUGCUGAAAUCGGCGCAACUACCUCACUCUUCCCCUUCAACCGUCGCAUGGUCGACUAUCUCAACGCUACCAAGCGUUCCGAGAUUGCUCAAUACGCACAGCGCUUUUCACACAACCUUAAGGCUGAUGAGGGCUGCGAGUACGACCAGAACAUCGAAAUUAACCUGUCAGAACUCGAGCCUCACAUCAACGGUCCCUUCACUCCUGAUCUUGCUACCCCGCUCUCGAAGUUUGCAGAGGAGGUCAAGAAGAACAACUGGCCCCAAGAACUUAAGGUCGCUCUCAUUGGUUCUUGCACUAACUCUUCAUAUGAGGACAUGUCACGUUCUGCUUCCAUUGCCCGCGAAGCUACCGAGCAUGGCCUCAGUGUCAAGAGCAAGUUCACGAUCACUCCUGGUUCUGAGCAAGUCCGUGCUACCAUUGAACGUGACGGUCAAAUUGGUGCUUUCGAAGAGGUCGGCGGUCUCGUCCUGGCUAAUGCAUGCGGUCCUUGCAUUGGUCAAUGGGACAGGAAAGAUGUUAAGAAGGGCGAGGUUAACUCAAUUAUUACCUCCUACAACCGUAACUUCACUGGCCGUAACGAUGCUAACCCUGCCACCCACGCUUUCGUCGCCUCCCCGGAUAUUGUAACUGCAAUGGCCUUCGCUGGUGACCUCACCUUCAACCCGGUUUCGGACACCCUCAUUGGUUCUGAUGGCAAGCCUUUCAAGUUCUCGGACCCUACUGGUAAUGAGCUUCCUCCUCGCGGCUACGACCCCGGCCAAAACACCUUCCAGCCCCCUCCUGGAGACCGUGCUAGCGUUUCGGUCGCAGUUGACCCUAAGAGUGACCGUCUUCAACUCCUCCAUCCAUUCACGGCUUGGAAUGGCGAAACACCGUCUGACCUCCCCGUUCUGAUCAAGGUGAAGGGCAAGUGCACGACCGACCACAUCUCGGCUGGUGGUCCCUGGCUUAAAUACCGUGGUCACCUCGAAAACAUUUCGCAAAACUGUUUGAUCGGUGCAAUCAACUCGGAGAACGGCGAGGCAAACAAGGUCAAGAACCAGAUCACCGGCGAAUAUGGUCCAGUUCCCCAGACUGCUGCUUACUACCGCGACAAGGGCAUCAAGUGGGUCGUCAUCGGUGACUCCAACUACGGUGAAGGUUCAUCUCGCGAGCACGCUGCCCUCGAGCCCCGUUACCUUGGUGGUCUUGCCAUUAUUACUCGGUCUUUUGCUCGUAUCCACGAGACGAACUUGAAGAAGCAAGGCAUGCUUGCUCUCACCUUCGCCAACCCUGAGGACUACGACAAGAUUCAGCCCAGCGACAAAGUUGACAUUCUGGGCUUGGAAACUUUCGCCCCAGGAAAGAACUUGACUCUUGUUGCCAAGCAUGCGGAUGGUAGCAAGGAUGAAAUUUCUCUUGCUCACUCCUUCAAUGAGGGUCAAAUCGAGUGGUUCAAAGCAGGCUCUGCUCUUAACCUGAUGGCUGCCAAGGCCAAGCAGUAAAUAGUGAUAUAGAUGGAAGGAGCAUGUGCUAUGUUACACAGUAGACUCCAUGUUCAGCUAUUCCUCGCUUUCCGAUACUUAUUUCCUUGAUCAUUCACAUCAUAGUUUCGACGACUUGUUUAUAUAUCCUUGUAAUAACACGGACGACAAAUCCUAAAACAUUUCGAUCCUGGAG